CUCUAACCUGUCUUCUCUCUCGCUCUCUCUACCGAUCUCUGCCAAUCUCAGAAUUCAAAAAAAAAAAUAUAUAUAUAUAUAUAUUGUAGAAGUUCAUGCUAGUCCCUUUUUUCUUCUUUGAUUUUUUGGGCUACAAUUUCGAGGGUUUUCAUUCUGCAUAUUCAAUCUUCAAUUUGAUUGAUUCCGUCUGAUUUGGGAGAAAUUGUGAACUGCCUUCACCCGGGGAUCUAUAGCUCUCAACUUCUUUUCGUUUCAGUCGUAACUUGGCGAUUGGUUCCGAGAAUAUUGGACAGCGGAACGGAGAAAUGGAUAACAGUGUGCUUGGUUCUUGAUUCUGCAACUGUUAGAAGCUGGCUGAAUGCCUGCGGUUAGUUUCAAUAGAUGGAUUUCCUCUAGGAAAUCUUGUGUGCUGAUUGCAUAUUCUUUAAAGUAAAAGAAAUAUGCCUCCAUGGUGGGGGAAGUCGGCGUCAAAAGAAGUAAAGAAGAGCAAGGAAAGUUUUAUCGACACAUUGCAGCGGAAACUUAGAACUUCUGAUGGUAAAACAAACAGCAAAUCAGGAGGGUCUCCAAGAAAUUGCAACGACGCAGUUUCUGAGCAGGGAUCUCGAUCUCCUAUCCUUUCAAGAUCAGUUUCACCUUCCAAACAAGUUUCAAGAUGUCAAAGCUUUUCUGAAAGGCCACAAGCACAACCUCUUCCACUUCCCGGUGUGCAGCUGCCAAUUGUAGGUCGGACAGACUCUGGGAUUAGUAUUUCACCUAAACCAAGAUCAGAAAGGGGCUCCAAGCCAUCAUCAUUUCUACCACUCCCGAGGCCAGCAUGCAUUGGUAGGAGACCGAACCAUGCAGAUUUAGAUGCAGAUCUUGGUAAUGGUUCAGUGUCCAGUGAGAGCUCUAUUGAUAGUACCGAUCUAUCCGAUUCACGCCAUCGUAGUCCACAGGCAACUGACUAUGAUCUUGGGACUAAAACUGCUGCAGGCAGUCCUUCCAGUGUCAUUGCUAAGGAUCAGUCUUCUACCGUCACCCAACCAAGUUCACGAGAGGCCGGAAAACCAGCAAAUAUCUCAUUAAGCAACCACAUUUUCUCCACAUCACCCAAGCGGAGGCCUUUAAGCAGUCAUGUUCCAAACUUGCAAGUUCCAUAUCAUGGGAAUUUAUGCAUCCCUCCAGACAGUUCCAUGUCAAGUCCUUCUAGAAGUCCCAUAAGGGCCUUUAGCGCAGAGCAAGUUAUUAAUAAUGCUGCCAGUGCUGGAAAGCUCUAUAUGGAUGUCACUUUUCCUGGAUCAGGCCAUUGCUCUAGUCCUGGUUCUGGUUACAAUUCUGGGCAUAAUUCUAUGGGUGGUGAUUUGUCAGGGCAGUUAUUUUUGCAACAAAGCCGGGGUAGUCCUGAAUAUUCUCCAGCACCUAGUCCCAGAAUGACCAGCCCUGGCCCCAGCUCCAGAGUCCAUAGUGGUGCAGUGACCCCAAUUCAUCCGAGGGCAGGAGGGAUACCAACCGAGUCGCAAACAAGCUGGCCCGAUGAGAAACAAACUCACCGCUUGCCUCUGCCUCCCGUUGCAAUUUCCAAUACUCCUUUUUCUCAUUCCAAUUCAGCUGCAACAUCUCCUUCUGUUCCAAGAAGUCCUGGAAGGGCAGAUAAUCCAGCAAGUCCAGGCUCCCGUUGGAAAAAGGGGAAGCUUUUGGGUAGGGGUACUUUUGGGCAUGUCUAUGUUGGUUUUAACAGUGAAAGUGGUGAAAUGUGUGCGAUGAAGGAGGUUACGUUAUUUUCAGAUGAUGCAAAGUCGAAGGAGAGUGCCAAGCAAUUAAUGCAGGAAAUUACCUUGUUGAGUCGUUUACGGCAUCCAAAUAUUGUCCAGUAUUAUGGAUCUGAAACGGUCGGUGACAGGCUAUACAUAUACCUUGAAUACGUGUCUGGUGGCUCCAUUUAUAAACUUCUUCAGGAAUAUGGACAGCUUGGAGAAUCAGCACUUCGUAGUUAUACUCAGCAAAUACUUUCCGGGCUUGCAUAUUUACAUGCUAAAAGUACUGUUCACAGGGAUAUCAAAGGAGCAAAUAUACUUGUUGAUCCCACUGGACGUGUUAAGUUGGCAGACUUUGGGAUGGCAAAGCAUAUCACUGGGCAGUCUUGUCCUUUGUCUUUUAAAGGCAGCCCUUACUGGAUGGCACCUGAGGUUAUAAAAAACUCGAAUGGUUGUAACCUCGCGGUGGAUAUUUGGAGUCUUGGAUGCACGGUUUUGGAGAUGGCAACGACAAAACCGCCUUGGAGUCAAUAUGAGGGGGUUGCUGCGAUGUUUAAGAUUGGCAACAGCAAGGAACUUCCUGAAAUCCCAGAUCACCUUCCACAUGAUGGAAAAGACUUUGUCAGACAAUGUCUGCAACGGAAUCCAGCUCAUCGUCCUACAGCUGCUCAGCUUUUGGAGCACCCUUUUGUCAAACAUGCUGCACCUCUUGAAAGACCGAUUUUGGGUUCUGAACAUUCGGAUCCAACUCCAGGAAUCACAAAUGGAGUAAGAAAUCUGGGUAUUGAGCAAGGAAGGAAUCUCAGCUUCUUGGAUUCUGACAGAUCUGCAGCUCAUUCAUCUAGACUCUCAACAGCUGCUUUUCAUUCCAGUGAAAUUCAUAUACCGAGGAACUUAUCAUGCCCCGUUUCACCCAUUGGAAGCCCUCUGGUGCACUCUCGGUCACCACAACAUCCCAGUGGAAGAAUGUCACCGUCGCCCAUCUCCAGCCCUCGGAACAUGUCGGGCUCAUCCACUCCUCUCACUGGAGGAAGCGGUGCCAUUCCACACCAGCACCUCAAACAAUCUCUAUAUUUACAGGAGGGUUUUGGGAGCUUGCCAAAGCCUUCGAUAGGUCCCUAUAGUAACGGUCCUUCCUAUCACGAUACGAACCUCGACAUAUUUCAGGGGAUUCAGCCUGGCUCUCACAUCUUCUCUGAGCUGGUGCACCAUGAAACUGAUUUUCUAGGAAAGCAGUUUGGAAAGCCUGCCUGGGAAUUGUACGAUGGGCAGGCAGUCUUAGCUGAUCGCGUGUCGAGACAGCUGCUGAGUGAUCAUGUAACAACUCCGUCCCUGGAUUUAAGUCCGAGCUCUCUAUUGACCAACCGAAAAUAGUUGGAUAUAAGCAACUGCUGGAAUUUCAUGGACCCAUCUAACAGAGGAAGCUCACCAGAGGCUCUCUCUGCUUUGACAUACAGAAACAGAAACUGAAACUGAAACAUAUUGUUUAACUAUGAAGAAAUUAAGCAGUGUCGUAUCGUAGAGACCCAAAACAGACGGAUCUGUGCAUAAGGUCUGAUAUCUCAAAAGGAAGAGCUGCAGGAAGUCGAUUUCAGUGUCGAGUGGUGUAUAAGUUUACUGACAACAAUUAACAGAUAAAGAAAGGCGAACUUCUUGAUGGAAGUAAUUAGUGUACGGCCGCAGAAGCUGGCGUUCGGGUAAGAAGAAACGUUAUUUUUUGUUGGUAGCUUAUGAUACAGUGGCAUCAAAUUGUACAAAAUUUAGUACAAUUUCGCCUUAGGAUUGAACCUGAAGAGAUCUAUAUUAUGGCAAUGCUCCCAAGCCAAACAAUCAUUCACGACGAUGAAAGCUACACUUUAACAUCGUCGAAUAAGAUGUAAGAAAGAUUGAGAUGGUAAAAUCUCUGCCCUUCUGACCCCCUUAUGUCUGAAGCUAAUGUACAGGAACUGAAACAACACUGAACUUGGGUUCUAAAUUUGUUAAUGACAUCACCCGAUACCGCCAAGUGUGUGCAUUUCAGACCCUUGAUGCUUCAUCUAUGCUCGUCGAGAGCAUUACUGUAUACUGUUUGAUCAUAUUAACUGUAUGUAUCCACUCAGUAAAUCAGGAAAAAAAGGAAAAAGAAAAAGUCGAGUUAAUCUUAA